AUGGCUUCACCGCUGAAAAAAGGAGUGUUGCAUGUUGCUAUUUUUCACGUGCUACUCUUUCGCUUUCCUGAUUCAGUACAAGCCAAUAUUCGCUACUCAAUACCGGAAGAGAUGGGACUGGGGGCUUUCGUUGGCAACGUUGCACGAGAUCUCAGCUUGGAGGUUAAGCAGCUUUCUGAGCGCAAAUUUCGAGUUGCAUCAGAGAAGCAAAGGGAAUAUCUCGCUGUAAACCUAACAACUGGAACGAUAUUUAUAAAAGAAAGAAUCGACAGAGAACAACUUUGCGGGCAUAUUUUUAGAUGCAUGCUGAUGCUGGAGGCUGUAGUUGAGAAUCCACUUAAGGUAUUUCACAUUGAAGUUGAUAUUCUCGAUAUUAACGACAAUGCGCCCAUAUUUAAGAGAACGGAGAUUAACAAAGAAAUAUCUGAAAUGACGCCAGUCGGAACAGUAUUUCCACUCCCGAGCGCAAAGGACGGGGACAUUGGAAGCAACAGUAUUCAUUCCUAUCAGCUGAGCCCAAGCGAGUAUUUUUCGUUGAAUUUAUUGUCAGACGGCGAGCAGGUUGGCAUGCCAGAAUUGCUUUUGCAACGGUCCCUAGAUCGAGAGCAACAAACAGUACAUCGACUAACCCUGACUGCAUUUGAUGGGGGUAACCCAGAAAAAAUCGGAACAGCCCAAGUCGUCGUUAAUGUACUCGAUGCCAACGACAACGCUCCGAUUUGCGGACAGAGCGUCUAUCAAAUUACAAUCCCGGAAAAUGUGCCUGAAGAUUAUUUGAUAGUGAAGGUAACAGCCAAUGAUUUGGAUGAAGGACUAAAUGGUGAGGUAACUUACUCUUUCAGCGAUCACACUUCGGAUAAAGUACGUGACUUAUUUACCUUGGAUGCAGCAAGCGGCGAAAUUAAGGUUGAUGGUGUUGUGGAUUUCGAAGAAGCAAAUAACUACCAGAUUUUGGUGCAAGCUGCAGACAGAGGUACACAACGAAACUCAGUAUACUGUAAGGUUUUGUUAAAUAUUACGGAUGUUAAUGAUAACUGGCCUGAAAUCACUGCAACAUCCGCUUUCAACACAAUACCAGAAAAUGUUGCUGCGGACACGGCAGUGUCUGUUGUAAGAGUUACGGACCGAGAUUACAAAAGUUCGCCGAACGUUUCCUGCAGUAUCCCUCGAAGUAUCCCCUUCAAUCUUAAUUCUUCAUUCAACAACUACUACACGCUAAUUACUCGUGGUAACAUAGAUCGUGAAAAAGUGCCGGAGUAUAAUAUUACAAUUACGUGCACAGACAAUGGUUCACCCCCUCUUACUACCAGGAAAAUUAUUCGAGUUCAAGUCGCAGAUAUCAAUGACAAUGCCCCACGAUUUACGCAAUCCUCUUACACGGUGUACGUAGUAGAGAAUAAUGUUAUUGGUUCUUCAAUUGGAUCAGUGUCAGCUAGUGACCCAGAUUCUAAUCAGAGUGGCCAAUUGUCUUACUUUAUUUUGGAUAGCCUGAUAAACAGUUGGCCUUCAGACACCCUUGUCUCAAUAAGUUCGACCGGUGGAGUGCUGUUUGCUCGAAAAUCGUUUGAUUAUGAAGAAGUUAAAUCCUUUUCAUUCCACGUGCAAGUAAAGGAUGCAGGAGCCCCGCCGCUUAGCAGUAACGUCGCCGUGAAGGUAGUCAUCAUAGAUCAGAAUGAUAAUGCUCCUGUGAUUUUGUCGCCUUUAUCGGCAAUUGAUGAACCGAUACCACGAUCUGCAGAGUCUGGUUACUUGGUUUCAAAAGUUACGGCCACAGAUGCCGAUUCUGGCCAAAGCGCCCAACUCUCCUAUGACAUUGUUACACUGGAUACUGUUUGCGGAGUAAUUAAUUAUGCUAUUCCUGAAGAAUUAGAACCAGGUUCUGUUGUUGGAAAUAUUUCAAAGGAUCUGGGGUUAGAUAUACGCCAACUGACGGUGCGUAAGUUGCAUGUGGUAUCAAGACGUAAAAAACAGUAUCUGGACGUCGAUUUAAACGCAGGAACUCUGUUCACGAAAGUGAAGAUAGACAGGGAACAGCUUUGUGAACAAAACCGCGCAUGCACACUGAACUUGGAAGCUGUGCUUCAAGAACCCCUGCAAAUAUAUGCUGUUGAAGUUGAAAUUCUCGAUAUAAACGACAACGCCCCCGUGUUUCAGAAAAACGAGUACCGCUUAGAUAUCUCAGAAAAGGCUUCAGCUGGGAUGCGCUUCCCACUCCAAAGCGCACAAGACCUGGAUAUCGGUACGAAUUGCAUUCGCUCAUAUCAACUGACCCCCAAUGAACACUUUGCUUUAAUAUCGCAAACAGACAACAAUCAAAGUGGCAUCCUCGAAUUAGUACUCCAAAGACCCCUAGACCGAGAACAACAACAGACCUAUGAGUUAACAGUGACCGCAACUGAUGGAGGGGAGCCGCAGAAAUUUGGUACCACUAAAAUUAUAAUUCGCGUGAUUGAUGUGAACGAUAACGCGCCGGCUUGCGAACAGAAUGUCUAUCGUAUAUCCAUCCCCGAAAAUAUACCCCAAAAUACUCUGAUUGGGAAAGUUACUGCAAUAGAUGCGGACGAAGGUUUAAAUGGUGAAGUAAUCUAUUCUUACAGCGAUCGCACUUCUGAAAGAAUCCGCAGGUUGUUCAGCCUGGACGCUAUAAGCGGAGAAAUCCGAGCGACCGGCGCAGUGGACUUCGAAGAGACCAACAAAUACACGGUCAUGGUGCAAGCUAUGGACCGAGGAUUGCAUGCAAUGCCAGCAACUUGUCAAGUCGUUUUACAAGUUACUGAUAUUAAUGAUAACUCUCCUGAUAUUAUGAUAACUUCAUCAACAGGGUCAAUACCAGAGGAUGCCCCUCCAGGGACACUUGUUGCCGUUUUAAGAGUUACAGAUGCUGAUUUAGGAGAAGCAGGAGAUGUUAACUGCCACAUCACAGAUAAUAUUCCAUUUGUACUUGAUUCUUCUUUCAAACAUUAUUACACCCUUAUCAGUGCUCGCCUUGUUGAUCGAGAAAACGUAUCCGAGUACAACAUUACAAUUACCUGUUCAGAUGCGGGCAUUCCGCCCCAGACUGUGAACAAAACCAUUCGAGUUCAAGUGUUAGACGUAAAUGACAAUGCCCCAUUCUUUCUACAGACUUCGGUCAACGUGCAUAUUACAGAAAAUAACGAUAUAGGUACUUCUAUUGGCUCUGUAUCUGCUUUUGACGCAGACUGUGGUGAAAAUGCUUCGCUAUCGUAUUCCAUUAUAGAUGAUCUCAUUCUUGGCUUCCGGACUAUUAACUUUGUCUCAAUUAAUCCAGUUACUGGCGUUAUGGUUGCACAGCACUCUUUCGAUUAUGAGCAGUUCAAUAAUUUUCGGGUAAUUGUACAAGCAGCGGAUGGCGGUUCACCCUCGCUGAAGAGCAACACAACUGUAAAUGUGCUAAUUAUCGACCGGAACGAUAAUGCUCCCGUAAUCGUAGCACCCAUGUCAAUUAAAGGCUCUGCAUCAAAGGAGACCGUGCCCCGAUCUGCCGAUCCUGGUUACUUGGUUACUAAGGUCAUCGCCACCGACGCCGAUUCGGGGCAGAACGCCCUCCUCACUUAUCAGCUUCUUCAGCCGACCGAUGAAAGCUUGUUCACUAUAGCCUCCCACACGGGAGAAAUCUGGACAGUUCGCGCCCUUGGGAGCAAGGAUUCACUCCAACAGAAACUCGUAAUCCUGGUAAAGGAUGGUGGGGACCCAUCGCUUUCAGCCAUCGUCGUUGUUCACGUUUCGGUACUAAAGAAUGAUAAAGAAACCGCAAACAGAGUUACCACAGGAGAGAGCACUGGGUCAUCGACAGUCGAUUUAAAACUAUACUUAAUCAUCGGGUUUGGCAUAUUAUCGUCGGUUCUGUUUAUAGCUAUUAUCUUCCUUGCUGUUAAGAUCCACAAAUGUCAACAUGAAAAUGGGAGAUGCUGUUGUGCGAAGGUGCUAUUCGAAACCGAACAGUCCACUGCGAGUAUUCAAAUCCCCACCAAUUAUGUAGAAGUGUACGAAACCGGGGUUCUUCCUCCGUCUUUUUGUUAUGACAAAUAUCCUAAAGCAAACUCAACCAUGAGUGAUUUUAUUGUUCCUAAGUUUGCCACACCCAGGAUUGAUAUUAACGAUGAUUUUGAUGUAGUGGAGCGGAAAUACAUUGCAUUGUCCUGUAUGAAUAAGAAGAACAUAAAAUCCUACCAGACUAACUAUCAGAAUGGGGAAAAAUAUGACCUGGUGAAUUUAACAUUGGAAUGA